AUGUCUUCAUCCAUUACACCUUUUUACCGACCCGGAUCUUUUCCUGCACUUUCAGCUCGUCUUCUUGCCAGUGCCUCACAGUCAUUACGUCAAGCAAUUAAUUCACAAAUCCUUUUAAAAUCUUUUUAUUCGACUCCUUUACGAGUUGGAGGUUUACCGGUAACUACCACGAAAGGUUUUACAUAUUUAAUAGCUGCUUCAUGGCAUCCUAAAAGAAAACGUCAAAAGGUACCAGUUGUCAAUUCAAUAUCCGAAAAUCUAUGGUGGAAAGAACGAAUGAGACCUGGUAAAGUUGAUGCUGGAGAAGAUGCUUUUUUUUAUGUUGGAACCAAUAAUGGUGUUGCUUUAGGUGUUGCUGAUGGUAUGGCUUUAUGUACGGGUAGUUGGGAUUCAUCAUUAAAG